AUGUCUGUUAUCGAAACAUAUAAAUAUAUUUUCCAGAGUAAUGUAAUUCCUGUCAAAACAAAUUUUUCAUGCAUCGAUAAAACAGCUGGUUUCUAUGCAGACGUUGAUACCAGAUGUAAAAUAUAUCACACUUGCGAUGAAUUUGGAAACAAAUUUACCUAUCAGUGUCCAGAGGAAACUGCUUUCCGACAAGAUGCCUUGAUAUGCGAUCAUGCUCAUCUAGUUAAAUGUCAAGGAUCCGUCCCUUCGAAUACAGAAAUGCAGAAAGAAAAGUAUAACAACUCUUCUUGCGCAAAGGGAUCAACGGACAAUAUUAACUGUCAUUUCUUUUUUAAAUCUUUGCAAGAGAUACAACCGAUAAAGAUAUAUAAUGCAGAGCAACGUGGAUUUGCAUUUAGUUCGCAGGAUAUUCUGAACAAUUUUAAUGCAACAAAAGUUGGGGAAAACAAAAUAAUUAAAUUUUUUCAUCCGCCGUUAAAUAAUUACAAUCCGACAACAAAUGUUCCUCUCGAUCGUUUUACGAAUAUAAAAACCCAGCACGUUCCUUUUACAAAUCAAAAUCAACAAAAUAGAUCUACGAUCGAAGAAAAUUCUUCUGUUCCAAGUCAAAUUAUUAAUGAUAAGGUUAAAUUCAAUGUCAGGGAAGAAACUAACCAAAAAACAAAUGACGCUUUGUAUAAUUUUUUGAAAUAUUCGUUGAACACGUUUCCUGAAAAGGUGCAGGAUCAACAAAACAAUAUGAACAAUCAUCAUAUUAUAAAAAAUUCUCCAGACUUUUUGAAGCUAUCCUUUAUGAAUCAUAGAAAUUAUCCUUAUACAGAGACUUUGAACUCUAUACAAAAAAUUACAAAAAUGCCAUCGACUACAAUUAAUACCUCCUUAACAACUACAGAAGUACCUUUGUAUGCCCUAACUUUGUCUUUGAAACCUUUGGUACCAAAUGAACAAGAACAUGAUCCUUACUAUCCAAAAUUCUCAACGUCAACUGAAUCCUAUUAUACUCCAAGUCAUAGUGACAAUAAACAGCCGCACAUUAAAGUUUAUACUCAGACAUGGUCUAAUACUCAUAUCAAACUUCCGCCUGUUUUGCCAGAUCUGAAUUCUUUAGAAGAUAUUGUCGAUCGUAGAAAACAAUUUUAUAUUCCUCGUAUUAAGUUCGAUUAA